UCUCUCUCUCCCUUUUCUCUUGUAGUGAUGGGACAGUUCCAUCAUGAUAACGUUGUUGUACUGUAUGGUGUCAUUAGUCGUAUUGAUCCCGUUAUGAUUGUAAUGGAAUACCUACAGAAUGGAUCACUGGAUCGAUACCUUCAGAAAAAUUUGGAUAAGAUUAGUCACGAAAGGCUAGCGAAAAUGUCGUACGGAGUAGCAAAAGGAAUGAAAUAUCUUUCUUCAAUUGGAUUCGUACACCGAGAUUUGGCUGCUCGUAAUAUUUUGGUUGCUAACGAUGAGACGUGUAAAGUAGCUGACUUUGGUCUGGCAAGGGAAAUGGUUGAGAAUGAGUAUGAUGUCCAGAAGGGUGGGAGGAUCCCUGUACGCUGGACUGCCCCAGAGGCUAUAUCUCAUCGGAGCUUCACUACAGCGAGUGAUGUAUGGAGCUAUGGUGUGCUCCUGUGGGAGACAUUCUCAUUUGGGGAAACACCAUACGAUGGAUGGGACAACGCAACAAUAUUUCAAAGACUAGAAAAUGGAGAAAGACUUCACCCACCGAGAGUACGUCCACUACAUGUACCAUAGUUCUGCCUAUGG